UAGCACUAAGCAUCCAAGAAACUUUGCCACAUUGGUAGAUUCAGACGAUACUUUCGACUUUUCGGCAUUGCUCGAUUCUUCUCGUCUUUGCUUCUCAAUUUCGAAAAAGAAACAUCUACUUUCGCACGUGUUGGAUUUUUCUUGAACACAACAACCGAAUAAAGAUUUCUCAUGGAUGAUGAAUCGGAAACCUACCGAAUGUGGAGAGUUCGGAAGACCAUCAUGCAGCUUUGCCACGAUAGAGGGUAUUUAGUUACUCAAGAUGAGUUGGAUCAAACUUUGGAACAGUUCAAAAUUCAGUUUGGAGAUAAACCAAGUGAACGGAAGCCAGCUCGCAGUGAUCUUAUUGUUUUGGUUGCACACAACGAUGACCCUACUGACCAAAUGUUUGUUUUUUUCCCUGAUGAGCCUAAAAUUGGAAUCAAAACCAUCAAAACCUACUGCCAGAGAAUGCAAGAAGAAAAUAUAACAAGGGCCAUCAUUGUUGUACAAUCAGGCAUGACACCAUCUGCCAAACAGUCCUUAACGGAUAUGGCACCAAAAUAUAUCUUGGAAUAUUUCACUGAAUCUGAACUCCUUAUCAACAUUACUGAGCAUGAAUUAGUCCCAGAACAUGUUGUUCUCACACCAGAGGAAAAACAAGAACUUCUAGGUCGUUAUAAACUUAAAGAAAAUCAACUGAUGCGAAUUCAAAUGGGGGACCCCGUUGCGCGGUAUUUUGGACUUAAAAGAGGACAGGUUGUGAAAAUCGUUCGACCUAGUGAAACUGCAGGGCGCUACAUUUCCUAUCGUCUUGUCUGUUGAUAUCCGCAUUUGAAGUACCACUAAGUUUUUGGUCGAAAUUUUGAGACUUCCUCUUUUGAUGUGCUGAUCGUCAUAAAAUAAAAUGUUUUGAAAAGCCA